UAGAAAAAUCUCAAGAAAUUACACACCAUAUUAAACAUAUAUAAUCAUAAGCUAAGGAGGUACCCUCUACAAAUAUAUAUCCACUAAAAUGUUACACCACAUUCAUCAUUAAUUAUCAAUCAUUGUUAUUAGCUAUCACAAAUCACCAUCAUCUAUCAACAUGUGUUUGAGAUCAUUCAGGUGCAGUUUUUGCUGCAUCUUCGUCACACUCUACACCUUAUUCCUGUGCUUCAUUCUAUCUAUAUUCCUAUUUUGGAUAAUCAUAUCUCCAUCAAGUGUCAAAUUCCAAGUAACCAAUGCUUCCCUCACUCAAUUCAAUCUCACCAACAACAACACCACAUUGAACUACAAAUUCAAAGUCAACAUCACAGCAAGAAACCCUAACAACAACGUGGUGGUGUACUAUAGGAGGAUCACCGCAUACGCGUGGUACAAAGACAGGAAUUUCGCUGCCGUCAACUUGGCGCCAUUUGAUCAAGGUCACAAGAACACGACCCUCCUUCAAGAAGCCGUGUUCGAAGGACAAAACUCGAUUCGACUCGGCUCAAAGCAAAUCGCUGAGUACAACAUGGAGAGGAGUGUGGGCAUUUUCAAUGACUUGGCCGUCGAUUUGGAUGUUAGAAUAAGGGCUAAGUUUGGGAGGUUCAAGAGCAGCCGAUUCAAUCCACCGGUUGUUCAGUGUCGCCGGCUCAGGGUUCCUUUGAUUUCGAAUGGUAAACCGCCGGCAGCAACUUUUAGUGUUACAAGGUGCAGAAGUAGUAAUUUCUUUCAAGAUCGUGAUGCCGAAGCCGGAUAACCCCCUUAGAAAUAUAAAUAUAAGUCUUGAGUAUUUGAAUUUGCAAUUAUAUAUAUAUAGCAUAAACAAAUAUAAGUAUAUACUUAUAAUACCAACAGAAAUUCUUUUCUUACA